CCACAUCUUAUAGCAGUGUUUUAUGACAUUAUAGAUGUCAAUUCUACGUGAUCGUAAUUGACGUGUGAUGUUGAGAAACAUCUGUAAGUGCAUUUCAAAAAAAUGUACGAUGCAUAUCCACAGAAAAAUAAAUCAAAGUAAAACAUGAUUAUAUAUUGGAUCCAUGAUCCUAUAUUAUAUGUAUGUAAUAUUUUUAAAUUUAAAAAAUGGAGGAUAUUGUUAUUUAUUGGCAUUUGUGCCUUUGUUUUAAGAAUAAAUAUCAUUAUACAAAGUUUGUAUCCUUCUGUAACACAAUUGACGGAACAACAUAAGUGUCCAGCGUGUUAUGGAGUUUCUGCGUGUUAUAAUAUUCACCAAAUAAACCUGUUAUGGCACAAUAUUAAUACAAUAGUUUCUCACUUAUUUGGUGUUAAAAAUGUGUUCUUUGCAACAUAUAAUCAAAGCAAGGUAGUGCUGAAGAAAUUGGCGCAAUCUUCUGAAUUAAAAGCAUUUGACGUUGCAUUGUGUAAAAAACUCCAUCUGGAAUAUCCUUGUAUGAAUGUUCUAUUGGACAAGUACAUAGUAGAUUUUGAUAAUAGUAUCAAAGAAACAAUUACUUCCAAUUUUUCUAAAGAUGAUUCUAGCCGUUUGAGACUUUGUCCAACAAUACAACAUUUGGAUGAUUUAUUUUAUAACAUUCAUCUUAACAAUAAACAUAUUGAUCCCACACAAUAUUUAAUUAAUCUCUGGACAUUGGUUUCUUUAAACCCAGAGCCAUUAAUCCUUCAGAUAUUGUCUGCGGAAAAUGGGUGGCCAGUGCCAAAAUAUUUUGGAGCAUGUGGCCGAAUUAUUAUCGAAGAAUAUAUUGGACCACCACUUUCUGAUUAUUAUGAUAAAUCUUGGAUUCAAAGAGCAAAAAUAGUAUCGAGUCUUUUAAAUGCCGCUCACAUGUUCACUUUCAAAAAUAAAAAAUUUGGUUUUUAUUUAACAGAUGUAUCGGCCGAUAAUAUUGCUGUCGAUUAUAAAAAUGUAGCAAAAUUUAUCGAUUUAGAAAAUAUUAUUGUUGUUGACAAAAAUAUUUCUCUAGAAGGCAUACCAAAAGAAUGGCAUGAAUUACAAAAGAACAUAAUGCAUUUUGAUUGUUCUAAUUGUUUUGCAUUUUCCGCCGAAGAUAUUUGCAAUCAUCAUCUAAGCGACCACAAUUAUUAUGCAAUCUGUCAGCUUUUGUUAGAUUCAACAAAUGAAAAUGUAUUUCCUGGUGGAUUUCUUCAUGAUGUACCUGUUAAUAUUCAACUGCGAUAUCCAAAUAUUGAAUAUCUGUUACAACAAUGUGCCAUUCCUAAUUCUACCAAUUCUAGGAUAUUUUUCGGUCAGCAACUUAAGACAUCAUUGGAUGCAAUUUUAGAAGAAUUGUUUUAAUACGAAUACAAUGAAAUAAAAUAGUUUAAAGAAUCACAUUGCACAUGUAAAAUAUUGCAAAUUUAUAAUUCUUUUUUAUAUUCAAAGAAUGUUUUACAAUCUUUUAUAUUAAUAAUUUUCAAUGAUCAAAGAAUAGUUUCUUAUCAUAAUAAAUAGUUUCUAAUGAUGUACAAUAAAAUUACAAACAAAAUGAUCACAAUUAAGCUUAUAGGAUAUCUAAAUUUAAUAUCAUUUUUAUUACUUCAAUAUCUAUAUUUAUCUAUAUUAUAAGAAUUAAUGAUAA